CCUAGGUGGUCGCAGUAGGGGUCUUAGUGUAGCCGGUGGCAGUGGAACCAGCGGGUCAAGAAGUGUCAAUAGUCUACGGGCAGGAGCAACAGCGGGGAGCAUCCUGCCGCAGACGCACCAACCUCGCCUCUCUCUCUCUGCGGCGGCCGCCUGCUUCAAACAACCGACGACCCGGCAACGCAGAACCGCACAGGACCGGCACCGGACCGGACCGGGACACGGGAAAACCGAGGAAAACAUGACAGAAACCACCAAAACCCACGUCAUCCUGCUGUCCUGCGGCAGCUUCAACCCCAUCACCAAGGGACACAUCCAUAUGUUCGAAAAAGCCAGGGAAUAUCUGCACAAAACAGGGCGUUUCAUCGUGAUCGGAGGGAUCAUCUCACCGGUGCACGAGUCCUACGGAAAACCCGGUCUGGUGUCCAGCAGACAUCGUCUCACCAUGUGUCAGUUGGCUGUCCAGUCCUCUGACUGGAUCAGGGUGGACCCCUGGGAGUGUUACCAGGACACCUGGCAGACCACCUGCAGCGUGCUGGAGCAUCACCGCGACCUGAUGAAGAGGGUCACCGGCUGUAUUCUCUCCAACGUCAACACGCCGUCCACGACUCCUGUGAUUGGUCAGCCACAGAACCAGACUCCACCCAUCUACCAGAACCACAACAACAUGAAUCACAAGCCCUCCGCCGUCAAACUGUGGGGGAAGAUCAGCGAGAGUCUGGGGAGGAUCUGCUGCGUCCGCCCCAACAUCGAUCGCUUCACCUUCGUCGAUGAAAACGCCAACCUGGGGACUGCGAUUAGAUACGAGGAGAUCGAGUUACGCAUCUUGCUCCUGUGUGGCAGUGAUCUCCUGGAGUCCUUCUGCAUCCCUGGCCUGUGGAAGGACAGUGAUAUGGAGGUGAUCGUAGGGGAUUUCGGGAUCGUGGUGGUUCCUCGUGACGGAGCCGACACAGAGAGGAUCAUGAAUCACUCAUCUGUUCUCCGCAAAUACAAGGACAACAUCAUCGUGGCGAAAGAUGCGAUGAACCACCCGCUGUCCAUCGUCAGCUCAACCAAGAGCAGACUGGCCCUGCAGCACGGUGACGGUCAUGUUGUGGAGUACCUGAGUCAGCCCGUCAUCGACUACAUCCUGCAGAGUCAGCUGUACAUCACCGCCUCGGGAUAGAGACGACAACCUGAGCCGCAUGAAAACAGGGAGAGUGAGGAGGGAGGGCGCGGGUGGGGGCCAAUCCACCUACAACCACCAUCAUCUAUAUAAUUAUAAACAACCCCCCCUCCCUCAAACAAAAACUUAACUGUCUGUCUUCUGUGUCGAACAUAUACUCGUCUUUGAGCUGUCGCUUUCCAACAGGAGCAUUACUGUCCCUCCUUCUGUCUGUGUCAUGUGACAUUACCAUCAGGGACGGGGUGGGGGGACGGAGUGGGGUAUUUUGGGAGGAGAUGGGGGUGUUGGAGAUAACCCCUCAGGGCUGCGGAGGAGUCAUUGAAGUAUUUUUGCACUGCGGUGGUGACGGCAGUGUUUUGUCACUCUGUCUGUUUCUGUCUUUAUUAAAGUUUGGGGCUGCGUGGACGCAGCCGGGUGUGCUCAGUGUAACGAUGGCCGAUGGCUCUAGCGGGACAAAACUCUCCUUCUGUAGCAAGGUUAAUGGGCUUCAUGCAAGACCAGCUCAAAUGUACAGACGCCACGUAAAAAUGAGAUACGAGCACUUGUCGAUUUCACCACUUAUUUACCUCGAGGAGGUUGUUUUCACCCGUGUCUGUCGGUUUGUUUGUCAGCAGGGUUACACAAAAACUACUGGACCGAUUUGCACCGAACUUGGUGGAGGGAUGGGCCACGGGCCAGGGACGAACCCAUUCAGUUUUGGGACGGAUCCAGUUGAAGGGGCAGCUCCAGGAAUUUUUUAAAACUUUCCUUAACAUUGUCAGAUAGGGCAUUUUUGGACAUUUCGUCAAUAUGUGGCCUCGGCGGAGGUAUGAGCUCUACUGACUGCCAUUCUAGUUUUACCAGGUAUCACAAAUUUCACACCUGGUCCAGUCCUGUUGUUCGAGUCACGUACAGACAGUCUGACUUUCUUCGCAGUGGAAGAAACACUUGUUUAAAUUAAGUCAGUUAAAUGAGUAUAUAUCACACAGCCUGUGUGUUGUGUUUGACUUGAUGAUUUAUUCAAUCAAAAUAACUGUUACCAAAAAUAUGAAAUUUAAGUUUUAGUUACUGUAUGUCUCUGUAAUAGCACCGGUACCAUUGGAAUGGCAGUUGUACUGGCUGACAAUGUCUGUACUGUAAUUUGACUGGAAUUACUAAUAUAAUUGUUAAUAUCACUUCAAUUGUAACUUUAGCGGACAGUGAGUCUCCGCUCAUUGUUUAUCUGUUCACGGCUCCGGUUCACUCUCACCGCUCUCACAGCAGCGUUUUCAGCCGCAGCAGGCAGAUGUUUUCAGAGAAACAUCUG